AUCAGGGCCACAGCAGCUGUUUGUUGUUUAUUUGCUUCAUAUUCAUAAAAAAUAGUAAAAGAAAAGAAACAAACAACAACAAAAAAAGUCACGUGUAGAAAUAAAAAUCUUUUUUUCUUGUAAGUGAUCAAUAAUGAUAGACUUAGACAAAGGCCAACAGCGCCCUCUACUGUAUCAUCACUGUAACAUCACAUGACUGUGGAAUCGUCAUCAUUCAGCGACAAGAUAUUUCUUCUCUUUAAAGUGACAAUAAAGCCGGAAGUUAUUUUCUAUAUUAAGAUGUGAUUCUUAAAAUUAUUUGACUAGUUAAAAAAUAAACUGUUUUCUCGUAAGUUAACUAUCACAUAAAAAAAUAAAAUAAACCGGAAGUCCACUCUCAGAUUGUAAACACAUGGCUCCUUGUCGCGUGUGAAGCGCAAUGAUGCCAAAAGUCUCGGACAUAAAGUUUCCAGGAGGAUGUAAGACUCUUCCAGAAGGCUUCUGGUCCGCUGUGGAUGUGUGGAUACAGAAACCUCACGUUGUAAACAAGCGUCUCUGCGGGGCUAAAGAGACGGAGAGGAAAGAGGUGAACGCGGAGGAGCUGCUGCACGGUCCCCUCGCGGACCUGUCUCAGGAUGUGUUGUCCCUCCUGAGCAGCGGGGUGUCCCCUGCACAGACACACCAGCAGGACAAACCCUGGUGCUCGACGGUCAGGACAUUUAUUCCCAAAGUGAACAGUUACGGGACAAGCCUGCAUAAAGAAGUUGUGCUGAGAGACUUCGCCAGACAACAAGUGACCUUCUUUCCCCUGGAGGAGGACGCAGAAGGCCAGGUGUCUCUAAAGAAGAGCAACAUCUAUCAGAUUCAGCUCUGCAGUCAGGACUGUGAGGACUGGUCCUUGGAGCUGCACGUCUUGACUCCAGGCGCCUGGUUCUCUGAUGGCGUGGCGUACCCGAAGCUCCCCUGGCUGUCCUCAGAUCUGCUGCCUAAACUGGUGCGCUGGGCCACCGAGUGCAAGAGCAGCGAGUUCAAGAGCACCUUGUCUCUGCUGCCGGUGGAGAAGUACAGCCUCGUGUACCAGCAGCUGAAGGACAAGUACAAGGCCAUGGUCAAGGUUUGGCCUGAGGUGACAGAUCCUGAGAAGUUUGUCUAUGAGGAUGUUGCCAUAGCGACAUAUCUCCUGGUGCUGUGGGCUGAGGAGCGGGCAGAGAAAGGUCUUGCUGGCAGACAGUCCUUUGUGGACCUCGGCUGUGGAAACGGCCUCCUGGUUCACAUACUGACCAAUGAAGGGCACCCUGGAAAGGGUAUCGACGUUCGGAGGAGGAAGAUCUGGGACACGUACGGCCCCCGGACUGUGCUAGAGGAAAAGGCAAUUACUCCCAGUGAGAGCUUCUUAUUCCCGGGUGCGGACUGGCUGAUUGGGAACCACUCGGACGAACUCACACCGUGGAUCCCCGUUAUAGCAGCCAGGUCGUCUUACUCCUGCCGCUACUUCGUUCUCCCCUGCUGUUUCUUUGACUUCUAUGGAAAAUACCAGAGACGUCAGUGCAAGAAGUCUCAGUAUAAAGAAUACAUCGAUUUCAUCACCGAGGUCAGCCAAGUCAGUGGCUUCAACACUGAAGAGGACUGCCUGAGAAUACCGUCUACCAAACGGGUGUGCUUGGUAGGAAAGUCGAGAAGCUACCAGCUACGUGAUGAGGCCGAGGCAGAGCGACGGAGAGCUCAUUACGUCCAGAGGCGACAGACCAUACCCGGGGUCACAAUUCAAUGGUCAGUCAUCGGAAAUGAUGGGCAUUGUUGCCAUGGGAACGCAGACAGUGACAGGACCCCCAGAAGCAGCUGGGGAGCCGGGUUCCAGCCCAGAGACAAGGUUGAAAUGGUUCGAAACUGCGCCGCUCUCCCCCGGGACUUUGUUGACGGCGUUGUCCUGCAGGUUGCUAAUGCUCUUCUGGGAAUGACUGUGGAUGACGGCGGGGGGUCCUCCGCUGACUGGAACCGAGGAGGCAGCCUCUCUGUGAGCGAGGUCGCCGGCCUGUUGGAGCAGGAAACCCUGCAGCUCCUGAAGAAGGAGUGUGGAGGCCUCCAGACGCUGCUCAAGAACAACCAUCAAGUCUUCAGAGUGGAAGGAGGGAGGGUGUAUAUAAGAGACUGGCGGGACAGGAAGUCAUCCAGGGCGGAUACCAAGCGGAAGCCCGUUGCUCCUGGCGCCCUGAAAACUCGUCCCUGCUGGUUUCACACCCACCACCUUCAGGGCUGCCCUCUGCAGGCUGAACACUGCGCCUUCGCCCACGGACCUGAUGACCUCCGACCCUCAACCAGACCUCUGAAGAAGAUGAAAAAUGAUGCCUCCUGAUUGGAGUAUUCAUCCUGGACACUUUAUUUAUUAUUCAUUUGUUUUUAACUUGCUCCCAACAAUAAAUGGACCCCUGAGUUAAAUAUUGAGGAGUAACUAGAUUUCGAAUUAACAGUAAACGCUCCUUCCAUCAAUAGUUGAACCUAGUGUGAAAACUCCCCAUGUCCACUCCUGCAGCCACAGAGAGAGAGAGAGAGGGAGGAUUUGGUCCGAGCAGUGUGAGUUUUAUUGAUGCGAUGUUACAUCAUUUCUGGGAAUUGAGGUCUUGAAAUUUCACGGCGUCCUCUCUCUUCUGUGUGAGACCUGCCAAAAUGUGAUGCUUCCUGGUGCAGCUUAAGGUUUCAGUGUUGGAGCUCGCUGCCACCUCUGGGUUAUCUGCCGGAAUUUAAUUUCAAAGGAUUCUCAGGCCUUUAUAUUUACUUAUUUAAGAACUGGACGUUUAUAAGGUUCAGAUAUCCACAUUUAAUGUAUCUCAAAUGGAUUUCAAGCAACAUCUUUGUGUUUAUUUUGAGAUUAUGAAGAAUCAGUUAUUUAGUUUUCAGUUUAUCACCAUUUUUCUUCUAGCUGAGGGGUUUGCCAAGUAUUUUUCAACUUUUACCUCAACUGCACCAAUACUUUUAAAAGCCUCUGUAUAUUUAUAGUUUUUACCUCUGCACUUCACUUAGACAUUUACUUCACCUCAGUCAGGUACUUUGAGGUUCACAGACAGGGCGGUGGAUGAAGACCGGACAGCAUUUGAACAAAGUAAAUGUUAGUGGUAUGAAUUAUUUGUUGGCAGGAGUUGAGGGGCGAGCUGCAUGUCGUCCCCUCUGGACGGGCGCCGACUGUUGUGCCUCUCUAACGCAGUUGGCCGUCACCCUGUGGCUCAAAUGUCAAAGACGGCCAGGCCCGCCCAGGGACUGCAGCGGGGCGAUGAGAGGAGCCUCCUGGGGGGUUUGUUUGUUUAUGUGACAGACAAUAAUCAGACUAUUGAUGCAAUAAAGCAUGAGGACAGACAAUUUAAGUCCAUUCAAUACUGCAGUCACGUACUGACCACACAGAUUUGCUUUGUAGCAUCAUUUUCAUCAUGUUUUACCAUUGCUGCAGGUUGUUUAACAAUGUGACGGUUGCAAGUUUAUGACAUUAAGUCAUCACCUGACAUUUAAGCCUUAAAACUUAAAGGAUCGGCUCACCCAACUUCUGAAAAAAAAUUCUCGAUUCUUAUGGAAGUCCAUUUAUGCCAGGCAAAGGAAAACAGAUGAAAUAUUAACUAGGUCAAAAGUAUGAAAUACUAUUUUACUAGUCAUAUUUUUUGACUUAACAUCUCAUAAUUUUGAUUUGAAAAGACUGUUUUGAACAUCUUAGCUUAUAUUUUUGAUUUUGUCAAUCGUAACUUAGUGUCUCAUAAUAGUCGCGUAAUAUGUCGGUAUAUCUUGGUAUCUUAUCAUUUUGAAUCAAAUAGUCUAAAUUCUGACUAAUAGCUUUGACUUGGUAAGUAACUAAUUGAGACUUACUAUGCCCACUUACACUUACUUAAAGGGGGGGGGGGAUCUUUUUCUUUUUGUAUUUUUAUUUGAACUGACCCUUUAAAAACAACUGCAUUAAUCCACAACACAAGACCAAAUGAACAUGAACCAAGAUCACCGUCUCAGGUAGCAGCUGGGUCUUGUACGCUGCAGUGUAUAAAUCCCUACAGUGUCUGAAAGGGACAUCCUAAGGUUUGUUACGUAGCAGACUGGAUCCCCCCCCUUUAUUCCCUGGAGCUCGAUGGCUGUGUCCUUGAAUAUUGAUGAAGGCGUAUAUGUGAUGAAAGGCCAUUUAGACAGAACGGCUUCAGCUGUGAUGGACAGAAUCUAUAGAGGAGCUGAAAGUGAAACACUGACAGUGUGGUUGUGUUGUGACAGGCAGCACUCAGUCAUAAUGUGCACAGCUAUGUGUGGGUUUUAAUGACCUGUUUAAAUCAUUUCUCUCGCCCUCUCUAGGGCUCCCCUCCUCCCCACCCACCCCCCCAAAAAACCCCUCCCCCAUGUCAUUAUGCUUCCUGGAAGGAAUCAAUUCACGAAAAUACUCCUGCUGCUCCGGGUCUGCAAAGAUCAUCCGAUCCAAUCGACCUGCUGCCCUACAUUUAACUGCCGAGGAGUGUGACGUGGCCAGGGAGCGGAGGCGUUCACCUGGCCACUCACACACGCCACACACAUUUGCAGACGCUCUCGUCGUGACCUUUGGACCCCAGCCAUUUCUGACUGCUGUCCAAUAAGCCAUCAUGAUGACUGUGUUUAUGUCCGCCCCCCUCCCUACUGCUGCCCUGGAGACCAGAGGAGAAGAUCCAGAGCAAGCCAAAUUAGUGCCUGCACUCCUCCACCCCACCCACCCCACCCACACUGAGUGAGUCUCCCUGCCCUCAGCCCUCACAUAAACACAUCACAGGAGGUCAGAUCAGAUUUUGAGACUAUGAAAUCUCCAUUACUGAGGAACAGAAAAAUGUCCUAGUAAUAUGGUACUAAACCAUUAUUAUGAGACGGUAUCUCCUUAUUGACUUACUAAAUACUGCAUCCUAUAAUUGUUCCUAAAUAUAGAUAAUUAUUGUUAUUUAUAAUCACAAAAUUAUAAGAAUCUGUUCCAUAAUUAUGACAAAACAACUCAUUCAGCUUUCAUGGAGCUUUCAACCAUAUCAACCAAACAUACAUAAGGUUUUUAUCAUAAUAGACUAAUCUGUAGGAAGUGUAAAAAUUAUAUCUUAGUAACAUAGGACAGUAGUUACCAGCCUGGGGGUCAGGAUCCCCCCCACUGGGAUCUAAAUAUAAUUUGUGUGAUUAAGAAAAAAGGAAGACAGAACAUUACCUCUUUAUUAUUGCAUCAAAUACAUUAACUAGUACCAAACAUAAAUCUAAGAGGUGAACGUCAUUCUUCGGUUGAAGAGCUCACAGCUCAUGCAUCCAGCCUGUGAUAGGGGUAGUGAAGUAGAUAUGGCUUAGACAUAAGGACACAAGCCAACAUGAUUAGGAACCAGUGACAUAGAGGACUGAAGAUACAGAGGAUCACAGCAUGAAUUACUGUAUGUUCAGUAUAAUUGGUUUCCAGAUAGCAGGAUCCUGUUGCUGUUCCAGUGGAAAAAAUAUGUGAAUCAUUUGAAGUAUGUAAACAAACAGUUUCCUUCAGUGGCUCUGUCUCACACAAUGUCUGAUACUGAACAGUGGCUGUACUUACUUUGGCUGCUACUUCGCUUUCUGUAGAGCACUUAAAGAAGAAGUCAUUUGACUUUUUUGGGGAUUUCUGACCCAUGUAUCGUACACGUCUGCCUCGCCAUCCACAGGAAGGAAUUAGAGAUGGUGAAAGCAAAAGAAAGGACAUUAGCAGAUGGACAAAAUUACUCCCCAUGCCUGAAAUCUAGGUCAGGCAGAAGUGGCUGCAUGUGUUUGCCUAAGCCAACAACUUUCCCUGUGUUUCCCUCAUGCUUUAUUCAUCGUGGCACCAUGGGGCUUGAUGUAAUGCAGUGUCUCCAAGACAUUAUUUUGGAUGUACAGAAGUCUCUCAGAAAAGCGAGCCAUGUAGGACUGCGACGCUGACAGCUGUCACUGCAAAGAAUUCUUUUGUUUGACUGUUGCUGCUUUAGUAAACCCUCUUCUUCCUC